GAUAUAUGAUGGCCGGCGUCAUUCCGCCAUUUUACAAACUGUGAAUGUUAAAAAACAUUUGUUAAUUAAAAUUAAUUAAUUUGAUAGUUUUUGUGUCUUAAUACUUGAGUUUUAAUAUAUAAACAAAUGGGUGAAGAAAAUAAAGGAGAACGAGAUGAUAGAUCAGGCGAUAAAGAACGUAGGCGACGAUCUCGUUCUAGAGAACAUAGAAAAAGAUCUCGAUCACGUAGUCGUGAUAGACGAGAACGUCGACGCAGUCGUUCUGGCUCACCAAGGACUAAAUCCCGUUCACGUAGACGCAAGCCUUCACUUUACUGGGAUGUUCCUCCACCUGGUUUUGAACAUAUUACUCCAUUACAAUACAAAGCUAUGCAGGCGGCUGGACAGAUUCCUGCAAAUAUAGUAGCAGAUACUCCACAAGCUGCUGUUCCCGUUGUGGGAUCGACAAUAACUCGACAAGCACGUCGACUUUAUGUUGGAAAUAUACCAUUCGGUGUAACAGAAGACGAAAUGAUGGAAUUUUUCAAUCAACAAAUGCAUUUAAGUGGUUUAGCUCAAGCUGCAGGAAAUCCUGUACUGGCGUGUCAAAUUAAUUUGGACAAGAAUUUUGCGUUUUUGGAAUUUCGAUCAAUCGAUGAAACAACUCAGGCAAUGGCAUUUGAUGGUAUUAAUUUUAAAGGACAAAGUUUAAAAAUAAGGCGACCACAUGAUUACCAACCAAUGCCAGGCAUGACAGAUAGCACUUCAAUAAACGUACCUGCUGGAGUAAUAAGCACUGUUGUUCCUGAUUCACCACAUAAAAUAUUCAUUGGAGGGUUGCCUAAUUAUUUGAAUGAAGAACAGGUCAAAGAACUCCUCAUGUCAUUUGGUCAACUUAGAGCUUUCAAUUUGGUUAAAGAUUCGGCAACUGGUUUAAGUAAAGGAUAUGCAUUUGCCGAAUACAUUGAUUUCACAAUGACAGAUCAGGCAAUCGCUGGAUUAAAUGGUAUGCAAUUGGGUGACAAAAAAUUAAUUGUUCAACGUGCAAGUGUUGGAGCCAAGAACGCACCAUUAGGACAAGUAGCACCAGUACAGAUUCAAGUACCAGGAUUAAGUAUGGUUGGAACUUCAGGACCAGCUACGGAAGUAUUAUGUUUACUUAAUAUGGUCACACCAGACGAACUUAGAGACGAAGAAGAAUAUGAAGAUAUUCUUGAAGACAUUAAAGAAGAAUGCAGCAAGUAUGGUGUUGUACGAAGUAUAGAAAUUCCACGUCCAAUUGAUGGCGUAGAAGUUCCAGGAUGUGGAAAAGUAUUCGUUGAAUUUAACUCUGUUUUGGAUUGUCAAAAAGCGCAACAUACAUUAACAGGUCGUAAAUUUAGUAAUCGUGUUGUAGUGACGUCAUACUUUGACCCUGAUAAAUAUCAUCGAAGAGAAUUUUAAAACAGAACAAACCAUUCGAGCGCUUUUAUAGUUUUUAUCUCAAAUAAUAAAAGUAAUGCUUCUAUUUUUAAGAUUUACAAAUAUGUAUUUUUAGGUCCAGU